GUAACAUGAAGAUAUGGUCGUUUGUAAAAAUAAAAGGGAUGCGCAUCUAGCUUUGAAUCAAAUAACAAACUAUCGUAACCGCUUAAAUAGUGAAAAAGAUGAUUUGCUGGUUCAAGCUCUAAAUCGGUUGAUGAAUGUGUUUCAAAGUAGACUGUUUUUAGGUCUACUUGAUAUACAAGAAUUUUAUGAAGCUAUCCUAUUAGAUCCACAGAAAACCAAAGAAGAGAAAACAUCAGCCGCUCUUGAAAUUGCAUCAAGAUGGGAAAAUAUAUCAAGUCCAUCGUUAGUGGCCUCCACAACCGAUUUGAGAAUACCACAUAGUUUAUUAAAUAAAACAGAUUGUUUUGAUAGAGCGACAAUGGAUUUAACUGAGUCAGACAUUAUAAUGCGUAUAUUGAGUUUGAAUUUAUGGUAUGGUUGCUUAUUUUUAAAAAUAAUGAAACUUUCAGAUUAUGCAACCAUUAUAAAUAAUAAAAAGUCAAAACAACGUACUAAUUUAAUGUGA